CCGAUACAAAGUCCGUGCGAAAUGUUGUGCCGCAUUAAGUCUUGUUUCUAGUUACGGCCGUGCACGCUUUCAUGUCGCGUGCAAAUAGUGUACGCAGUAGUACUUCACGAAACAAAAAAAAAAACUUCAGUCGCAAAUCUAAAUAUUGAUUCAUGUUUUCUUUGUUUCUUUUUUUUUUUUUGUUUCGAAAUUACUCGGCCCGGUGUGCACUCAGUUCGCGUUUUAUACGAGAAUUCUUAAAGAUAGAAUUUUUCUUGGCAAGAGAAUUUAUCUAAAAUAGUAUGCGUGCUUUCAUACUUGAAAGUGCUUUACUAUGUUGAUCAAGCUGCAGAUGGCUGCUAUUCGAUACAUUAAACAGUAAGAGGCAUGGAAUUCAAUGAUAUGAGUGAUGAAAAUAUAAAUAUAAGUGAUGUCAUUGAAGUCAUCCAAACUACUGAUCCUGGGUUCGUGGAGUAUAGUGAAAAGGAGGAUCAAUUGCAAGUGGAAAUGAACACUGGGAAGAUAUUGCCAUAUGUUGAAAUAAUAGAACAGCCAGCAAGUAAAGCUUUACGUUUUCGCUAUGAAUGUGAAGGUAGAUCAGCUGGUAGUAUACCUGGUAUAAAUAGUACACCAGAAAACAAAACAUUUCCUAGUAUAAGAAUAGUUGGAUAUAAAGGUCGAGCUGUAGUUGUAGUAUCAUGUGUAACAAAAGAUCGACCACAUAGACCUCACCCUCAUAAUCUUGUUGGGAAAGAAUCAUGUAAACGUGGUGUUUGUACAGUAGAAGUUUCACCAGAAAAUAUGACAGUCACAUUUGCAAAUCUUGGUAUUCAAUGUGUCAAGAAAAAGGACAUAGAAGAAGCACUUAAAGUAAGAGAAGAAAUUCGCGUAGAUCCCUUUCGAACUGGUUUCGAACACAAAAAACAACCUACUAGUAUUGAUUUAAAUGCAGUAAGAUUGUGUUUUCAAGUCUUUUUGGAAGGAACACAAAAAGGAAAAUUUAAUGUGCCACUGUCACCGAUUGUAUCUGACCCUAUAUUUGAUAAAAAGGCAAUGUCAGAUCUUGUGAUAUGCAAGCUCAGUCACUGUAGUGCAUCAGUCGCUGGUGGUAUGGAAAUGAUUUUGUUAUGCGAGAAAGUUGCGAAAGAAGAUAUACAAGUUAGAUUUUUUGAGGAGAAGGAUAGACAAGUGGUUUGGGAAGGAAUUGGUGAUUUUCAACCUGCUCAUGUACAUAAACAAACAGCAAUUGCAUUCAGAACACCCACAUAUCGUAUACAGCAAGUGGACCAACCAGUGCAAGUAUAUAUUCAACUUAAAAGACCAUCGGAUGGUGCGACAAGCGAGCCAUUGCCUUUUCAAAUGUUACCUCUUGGUGCAGGUAGGCCUGCUUUCUGGUCUUUACGGAAAGCAUUUGCCAGGAAAAAAACAGAUUAUAGUACAUUUAGUAAGAUUUUAGCCACUGAAUCAGCAUUACUUUCAAACGUUGCCCCAAAAUUUCCGCGUAAUAUCGAUGAAUAUAAUAAUAAUAAUGAUGAUUUCAAUGUAAAAAAAUCUUAUAACAAAAUUUCUGCGUUACGUGCCUUAAAUGAUUUGUAUAAUGUAAAAAAUACAUUAGAUUCUUGUAUUGGAAAUAUGGAAAUGAAACAAAAUAUCGCACAAAAUAUAGGUCAUACUAAAAGUACUAUUAUAGAUUAUCAAAAUAACGAAAUACCAAUUAGUGAAGAGAAACGAACUACAGAAAAUGAACAAAUAAAUAAAAUUUACAAAAUUGAUAGUAGUUAUAUAGACAAAGAAACAAAUGACAAUAAUUCCGGAACUUUAACUCGUACUAAAUCUGAUAGUACCGCUGAAAAGACGUGCAUAUUAAAGCACACUGAAAUACCAAAAAAUAAUUCCGAUUGGUUCGACUACUCGGAAGUGGACAAAUGGGUACAAAAAGGUCAAAUAUGCCUCAAAGAGAAAAACAACGAAGCAGAUUUUAAAGCUGAAGUAACAGAGGAUUGCAAUAAGUCCUUCAAUGAAUUAUUGUCACAAGUAGCUGAAUUAGACCAGAUAUAUGCAGAUACACAUGCAAAGUUGGUACAAGCAGCUCUUGAACAAAAUACAACGGAUCAAUCUAUGGAUAUUGACGUUUAUGAUAAUCAAACUUACACUAGUUUACAAAUGGCUAUGAAAAAUCCUAUUGAAUUUGUUGAUUUACCGAAUGAGAGAAAGUACGAAGACGUAUGUGUACCAAAAAUGGAUGUUAAUCUAUCUUGUAUUUUCUCUCCAGUAACUACAAAAAGAGAAGGAACGCAGGAAACGGAAGAGAGAUUACCGCCUUUACCGCCGAAACGUAUCCGCAAAAUGCCUUCUAUGCCACUUCUACCUCGUCCUAUAUCGUCUCAUACGACACAUGACUCUUUCAUCGAAGCCCCAAACAAAACUUUACCUUCUCCACCCGGUACUUUAACUAAAAAUUCAAAACAAGGACUAUUUUCAAAAUUGUUCACAAAGAAAGCAAAGAAAGAUAAAGAUAUAAUUUCAAAUGUAUCCAAAGAAAAUAGUCAGCCUUUGAGUUCUACAGGAAAUGUUUUGCAUAUAUCAACAAACAAUACUUCAAGUAAUUCACAAUUACAAAUUCCAAGACCUAGUACAAUAAGUACUACUAGUGUAAAAUCACUCAGAUUAGAAGGAGACGAAACACCACCAUAUGGGAUUGAAUUAACAGAAGCUGAACAUUAUGCACUGUACACUGCUAUGGCACCACAUGCAACUGCAUCAGAAUUCGAUGAAAUGUCUUUUUAUUAUAGUCCUGUAGAAGGUGGAAAGAUUUACUCUGAGAAAAAGGAAGCAUAAUUUACUUAAAUAUUUAUAAUGUUUUUCCUAGUCCACUUCCAUUUGAGAGUAACAUUUUUCUCCAAUAAUAUAUUUUUAGAAACGAAAAACAUUGUGAUAAACGAAGUUACUUAUUUGCAACUGCAAUUCUUAAAAUUUGAAUAUCUUUGCAUACUUGAGAUACAUUUUAUACAAUUUACAUUUAUCAUGAAAACCAGAAACAUGAUAAAUUUUUCAUGCUAUCUUGUUUAAAAUACUCUGAAACUAAUUCAAUACUAUUCUAGUCAGAGUACAAAUUGUUACUUUGUUUUUAUAAUCAUUAUAUAUAUAUAUAUAUAUAUGAUAUAUGAUAUAUAUAUAUGAUAUAUGAUGAUAUAUAUAUUCAUAUAUCUUUAAAACUAGCUGGAGCAUAAGCUCAGCUGAUACUCGUUGUUUAUUAUCAAAGAGUUGGCGUUUCUUCUAGUCAAAUGUUACAGUGUUGCUACUUAUUAUAUUUUUAAUUUUGUGUAUUGCUUUUUAUUAUUUAUGACAUGUUGUUAAGUUUUUUUUUUUAUAGUGCCCCAGAUUUAUAAACAUCAUUUAGCUUGUAAUUUUAGAAUAAGUAUUUGAUUUAGAAGUACAAUUAGUAAUUUAUAAGAUUAUUUACUUAUAACUCAUAACUAUUUUGUACCAAAGAUUUAAUCGAUUGUGCAGAUAUGUUUUCAAUGGUAAAGAAUCUUGAAGUGAAAUUUAUAUAAUAAUGUUUAUAGAUCACGUGGUUAAUGUACAAUCAUUUAUAGAUGAUCCUGAUUCGUUAAGGCGAAAGAGACAAAAAUUUAAUAACAAUCCAAACGCGCUUGUUUUGAGGCAUGUACAGGCAGAAGCUGAGAAGCGUGAGUAUUUUUAUCAAACUGUCUUCAAUUCUACAGCUUGGCGGGAUUGGGUUUAAAUGAUGCUAUUGACUUCAUCGAAUUGUCAAAAUUUAUU